AGAAGUAAUAGAAAAAGAAAUUAGAUGAGAGAAAAAAUAAAAAUAUGCACAUUUCAAGCAUAAAUGUUUGCUUUUUUGUCAUAUAAAUUUGUAAAUUAAAUAUAAAAUUUUUUAUUAAAAAUACAAAAAUUCUCCGACGCCGUCGGCGUUGCUAAAUGCUGGCAUAAACACCUACAUAUACAGUUAUAGUAGUGGCAUUAGCAUUAUAAGAGUUGUUAUCGUGCGCUUUAACCAUCCCCCGCACCACACCCUUACUAUAAUCAAAAAAAAAACGACCGAAACGUAUUCCAAUGGCGCUGGCGAAUUCACUCGUUUCAUUCACUCAAAUCUGCGCGGCGCUUAGUCACUCAAUUUUUGUUUUUUAUUGCUGUUUAUUGGUGGCGCGCAUGCCACCUACCAGCUAACGGUUUGCAACACACGCACACAGCAACGAAACAAUCACACACACUGGCAAUUGUGCAAAUCGCGCAUUUUUCGCGUUUCUUGCUCGUUUCAAUUGUGUUUGUUGUUGUUGCGCGCUGGAGUCGCGAAACGAUUUCGAUUCGAUUCGAUUCGACGACUGCUGUGUGCAGCCGCGGCCGCUGCUGCUGCCGCCAGGCGUUUGCCGCACGGCCGGGCCAGACCGCUUUUGUGUAUUCGUUUCACACGCGUUAGACAGACCGCAAGUGCUGCGUGUCACGGCUGCCACACGCAAGAAAAAUCAAAAGAAAUCAAGCUACCAAACAAAAGCAACAAUAACAAAAAUAAUAAAUAAGCGAAAAUGAGACAAACAAAAAAAAAAAAACUGAAUGGAAAUGAAAAAUAAAAUUGAAAAAUACAAUGCUACAAUCAAUGGCUACAAUAACAAAGUCGUACAAAAACAACAACUGCUCCAGUUGUAAAGUUAGAAAAUAAAAUGAAAACGCGAACGCACAAAAAUAUAACUGCAAAUUUGUCGUGAAAAGAAAUUGCUGCGAAAAAGUGCGAACACGCAAUAGCAACAACAACAACAAUAUUGAUAAUAAAUUUGUAUCUAAAUGUGCAGCAAAAACGCAAUCACCAAUUGUGGCGCUUCAUGUCGGCUUGCAAAAGCCUGUCUGCGGGCGUGUGUCAACAACAAGUCGAAAAUCGAAAAUCGAUAGCGUAUAAAAAAGACUGCAAAAAAGUACAUAAAAUCAAUGAAUACCAAUCAAUAAAUCGUAGCUAAUAAAUAAAAGUGCAAAACAGCAUAAUAAAAUCUGCUACAUACUAAAAUAACAACAACAACAACAACGAAUGAAAUAUGUUUGUAUCGAUGCCCAAAAAGUAGUGAAAAAUCGCUUGCUAAGCGAAUGUAGCCAAAAGCAGAUUGCAACUGUAGAUAUAUCAAUAAAAAGGCGUCGCAACAAUAACAACAAUAAGCGCUAACAAUACUAAAGCAACUGCUGAAAAAAGGCAGCCUUAGAAGCUGCAAAGUGUAUUGGGUCGCGAGCUUAUCUCUCAAUAAACAAAAGUGCAAAAAAAAACAGAACAAAGAAAACACACACAUAAAUUGCCCAAAGACACCAGAAACAACAAAAAAGUGCAUUUGAAGUGUGUGGAAGCAGAGCUAGCGGGAAGGUGCCACUUUGCAAUUGCACCUUUGGCCGCCGUUGAAGCACCUUCAGCAGCAGUGCUAGCAGACGCCGCCGCGCCCUUUUAAGAGGCGCUUGGGAUCAGCAGCUACGCAGCGCGAACGCAGUCAAAACGGCGACCAUAACGAAUUCGUCGGCGUUAGCGAUGAGCCAACUGGGCACCGUCUACGCGACAAAGCGUAGGCGACGCAAUGGCAAAAGUUUAAAGCCACCGCCCAAGGAUGGCGUCACCAAAAGUAAUCCAUCGAAACGCCAUCGCGAACGUCUCAACGCCGAAUUGGAUUUGCUGGCCUCGCUGCUGCCAUUCGAACAGAAUAUUCUCAGCAAAUUGGAUCGACUGAGCAUUUUAAGGCUGUCUGUUAGUUAUUUAAGAACAAAAAGUUACUUUCAAGUUGUUAUGCAUAAGGAUAAAGAGGAGAAUGGCAUGUUGCCACACAUACACACACACGCACACGAUGGCUAUCGAACGCGCGAAUUGGGCGCCUUUGAGCAUGGCCUACUCGACGGUGAUAUGUUCCUGCAGGCCUUAAAUGGAUUUCUAAUGAUUCUGACAUGCGAAGGCGAGGUUUUCUUUGCCACGCACAGCAUCGAGAGCUAUUUGGGUUUUCAUCAGUCAGAUAUCGUGCAUCAGUCCGUCUACGAGCUAGUCCAUUCAGAGGAUCGUGAGGAGCUGCAGCGACAACUGUUGUGGAACUCAUUUCUUCCCGCCGACAUGUCUACCAUACAGCUCGCCGACACAUUGGCGCCCGACAAGGCGCUCUACUUGGAGCGCAGCUUCACCGUGCGUUUUCGCUGCCUGCUCGAUAAUACUUCCGGCUUCCUGCGACUGGACAUACGUGGACGCAUCAAGAUACUACAUGGCCAAAAUCGGAAAACCGAAGAGCCACCACUGGCUUUAUUCGCCUAUUGCACACCCUUCGGACCGCCCAGUCUGCUAGAGAUACCGCACAAGGAGAAUAUGUUCAAGUCGAAGCAUAAGUUGGAUUUCUCACUUGUCUCCAUGGAUCAACGUGGCAAACAUGUGUUGGGUUACUCCGAUGCCGAACUAGUCAAUAUGGGCGGCUAUGAUUUGGUGCACUACGACGACUUGGCCUACGUGGCCAGUGCGCAUCAGGAAUUGCUGAAAACUGGCGCUUCAGGUAUGAUUGCGUAUCGGUAUCAGAAGAAGAAUGGCGAAUGGCAGUGGCUGCAGACGAGCUCGCGAUUGGUAUACAAAAACUCCAAACCGGAUUUUGUGAUCUGCACACAUCGUCAGCUGAUGGAUGAGGAGGGGCACGACCUGCUUGGCAAGCGUACAAUGGACUUUAAAGUGAGCUACUUGGAUACCGGUCUCGCCUCCACUUAUUUCUCGGAGGCCGAUCAGUUGGUGGUGCCGCCAAGCACCUCACCGAAUGCGCUGCCACCACCAGUGACACCGACGCGGCCAAAUCGACGCUAUAAAACGCAAUUGCGUGACUUCCUCUCCACAUGUCGCACCAAACGUAAGAUGCAACAACAGCAACCACAACAGACGUCCUCACUAGGACAGGUCAACUCACCCGCGCCGGUAGUUGAGUAUCUACCCGAUCCCGCUGUGGCUGUCGCCGCCGCCUAUUCAAAUCUUAAUCCCAUGUAUACCACCUCGCCCUAUGCAACCGCUGCGGAUAACAUUUACAUGGGCACCUCAGUGCAUUCGACCAAUUUCUAUCCGGUGACCGAGAAUCUCUUCCAUCAGUAUCGGCUGCAGGGCGUUAGCAGCUACUACACGGACUAUCAUCAUACGGGUGCGCCUGCUUCUGCCUAUGUGAACGGUUUUCUUCCCUAUGAUGGCUAUACGAUUGCGCCCAAAGAUGACAAGUGGCAGGAAACGGGGAAAUACUAUAGCGGUUAUAGUAGCGGGUAUGGCAGUCCCACAUCGACGCCACAGCAAGUUCCGCUGAAGACGCCGAAAUCCUCGCCGCACAUCAUGGAGGUGGUGUCGUGCUCAUCAGACGGACCGUCGCCAAUAGAUGGGAGCGGUGCCGUCGCCGCCGCUGCGCAUGCGGCCAGAGUGGGCACCAACACAAAUAUAACGGUGAAUGGCGGCAGCGGUAGCGGUGGCAGCGCUACGCCAAAACUGGAACUGAGCGCGACGCAGCAGGAUCCAUAUGAGCGACAAACUGUGCUCAUGUGGGGAUCACAAUCGAGCGGCAUUCCCAUUAAUAGCAUUGGCAGCGGCAGCAGUAGACGCCAUCACAGCAAUGCUGAACGUUCGCCGCAGGCUACCCCGCUGACCAAUGGACUCAGUUACGCUAACAACAACAACAACAAUGAAAAUGAAGUGGUAAGCGCCAAAUGGAAUGGCAGCGCCACCGUGAAGGAUGUCAAGAACGCUGCAACACCGGACAGUUAUCAGCUGCAGCACGAUGAUUCGGGGCUGUAUUCCUCUUCCUCUCACACCACCUCACCGCAACAGCAGCAACAACAACAGGUAUUGCUCAACAACCACCAACAACAACAGCAGCAGCAGCAAUUGGAACAAUUGGAACUGCAACAACUGAGCUACACCAACCAUUUACAAACACUAACCGGUUGCAAUUCCACAGCUUCGUCCAGCUCAUCACCGACGUGCCACUCCCCCAGCGCCGGCAGCGGAGCUACAGCGUUAACUAACUCUACUGCCGCCAACGGUCACAUAGCGCUCAUGAAUGGUGGCGGCAGCAAUGGCAGCGAUACAGACAUACCAAGCUCGAGCUCAGCUCCGACCGCAUCUGCGGCCUCUGCCGCCGCCGCCGCUGCUGCUGCUGCCUACCAUCACCAUCACCAGUUGACAAUCAUAGCACCGAUAGUUAUUACACCAGCAUCGAUGAUGAACGGCGAUGGCGCGCUGCCGCUGAGCACCGCUCUGCAGCCCAUACAUGGCAGCGAAGCUAUCACAACAACAGCAGCAGCAACAGCAUUAAAUGGUCUGGAACACAAUCUAACGCAGCGCGCUAUCACCUCGUCGCAACAUCACGCCGCGCAUCUGCUGUCGCACACCGCGCUGGCCUACGCGCCCAACGCUGCCACAGCGACGUACUUAAUCAGCGGCAGCGGCGGCCCAACCGUGCUCGGCGGCGGCAGCGGCAACACGCAAGGCAGCAUUAUCAGUAACGGCAUUAGUGAUCACAUAAUGGCCAACGGCAAUCCGCUGUGCUCCUUUUCAGAGGUGACCAACACGCUGCUAAAUCAGUAGGUUUAUCUACGCACUUGACAUGGUAAUGCUGGGUUUGAAGAAAGGUAAUUGGUGAAUUGUUGUGGGUAAUGCAUACGUAUAUUAUAGCAAGGAUGCAGUGCUGUGCAAAGUUUAAUGUAUACUAAAGCUAUCAAACUUUAUAGAAAUUUUCUGGGUUAAAAAAGUUUUGGAAACAGUAUCUUAAAACUCUUUUAGUCACAUUUGUACUUAGCUCUUCAAGCCUCCAAAAAAUUGUUUUUUUUCGAUUACCUUUGUUCUCCCAUAUAUAUUUUUUUCAACUACGCUUUAAUUUCAACGUAACCUACAAAUUUGUUUAUUAGAUGCCAUUUUGCUAUCAUUAAAAACUUGUUUUACAGUUACUGUGGUAUAAAAUAAGAUUUAUUUGAAAUUUUGAAAAAAAAAAUUUUUAAAUCCAGAAUAUUUUAUUUUCCAAUUUAACUGAUAACUCCAUAUGUCAAGUUGAGCCAAAAUUCGCAAGCAGUUUUAUAAAUAAAUGCUUUGAUGAUAUAAUAAAAUCAUAAAUUCUCCCUUAAUUUUGCGCCAUUUCUUUAACAAUCUAAUUUUUCUUAACCAAAAUUAAGCGAAGUGUAUGAAAAACAUAUAAAUAUAUAGCAGCAGAUUCAAUAUCCAACCAAGUUAAGAUUAUAUAACAUAGAUUAUGUAUAUACCCUCCCUUCUUUAUAAAUGCAUUCAAAGUAUGAAAAAGUAAAAUAAAAACCGUUUGCCAAAGUAUAUAUGUACUAUCUAAAUCUUCCACCAACAUAUUAUUGCACAAUAAAAUUGAUGUAUGCAUUGUAAUAAGCGGCAGAAGUAACAAAAAUAAAUUUCCACUGCAAUCCACUAUAUUUUAAUAAAAGACUUAAGACACGAACUUCCUGGGUCUCAUGAAAACUUCAGGUAAAUCGGAAGAGUGGAAUCUGAAAAAAGUGGUUAACGUUUUGAAAAAGACAGUUUCAAGAAAAUAGCUUUUAUAGUUUCUGUUCCGGCCGAACCAGUUUUAAUACCGGAUCAGCAAAACACCUAUAUUUUGGAAAAUAAUUUGAAUUUUGAAACAUCAUUUUGAUAUAUCCGAAAAUAAUUUGAAAAUAUCUCUAGUAGUCAAAUUAUUGAAUAGCUGAGUUUUGAAAGUAGAAUUUUUUUUUUUUGGACUAGCAGUACCCCUUUGGUAUUUCUUUAUCAAAUAAAUACAUAUUUCGAAAAAUCCUUUAGUACUCGUAGACUUAUGCCUGAACAGUUAAAUUUUGAACCUAUAAAAAAAUAAAGUCGUUUUGCUAGAUUAGGAUAUCCCUAAGUUCGUAGUUACUUUAUCAAAUAAAUACAUACAAUAAAUACAUAAAUACAUAUGCGUUUGAUGGUUCCAGCAAAAAGUUUGUGUCUUAAGUCUUUUGACUUCACAUGAAAUUUACUCUGAAAUACUAGCAGAAAACAGACAAAAGAAAUUUAUUUGAAAUUUAUUUAUUAAAUAAAAGCAAAAUGAAAUAUUGUGGAAACUGGAUUCCUAAAAAUGGAUAUCUAUAAGCCGAGCUUGAUUUAUAUUUAGUACGCUUUUAAAAAUAAAUAAAAAAUAGUUUCCAAUAUUUGCUUGACAAUUAAAGUACUUCCUUAAAACAAAAAAUAACCAAUUAAUUAAAAAGAAUAUAUAAAAUUACAAAAAAAUUAACUUUUUCAAUUAUUCAAGCCAGCAACAACAGAAACUUUAAAAAAAUAUGUAUAUGUAUAAAUUUCAUUAACAAUAGAAACAACAACAAUAACGCUAUGACAACAAUAACCGCCCAUAAACUUUUCUUCAAAAAGAAAACUAUUGAAAAUUUAUUUUUUUAUAUAAAAAAAACAACAACAACAAUGCUGCAGUGCAUUUUUUUAAUAAUAAUUUAAUUUUUCGUAAUACAGCAACAUUUGCCUUUACAUUUCUUAAAAGUUGACUUUAUUUUGAUUACAUAAAAUAUAAUAUACAAUAUAAUUUGAAAAAUUCCAAAAAUUUCUCCCAAACGUGCACCUUUACAUUGCUUAAAAAUGUAAUAUUAGAAAACAAGAACUUAGAGUGACCAAGAAGAAACUAGUAGUUGUAAAUACAACCAAAGAACUAAGCUUAAAUAUGAGCUUAAAAACUAUAGACAUACAUACAUAUGCAUGUAAGAUUCUAUGAAAAAUGCACGCAUUGAAUUUUUCAAACAAAAUAAAAAUAUUAUUAAUUUGUAAAUUGACUUUUUCAAAAAAAAAAAUGAAAAAUAAAAAAAAUAUUACUUUUUAAAUUCACAAAUAUUUUACAAAAAUAAAUAUUUGAAAAAAAGGCAUAAACAGCAAAAAGCAAAAAUUUAAAAAAAUAUCGAAAUUAUUUUAAAAACAAAGCGCCAAGUUUCUAUUUGAACUACUAAAUAUUUACUAACCUAAGCAUUGAAAAAAAAAAACUUUUGUAAAACUUGAAAUUAAAAAGCGCCGCAAUUUAUGAGACGUUGCCACGUCAAAAACGGAAUUAUACUAUAUAAUGCAAUUACAACUUUAUGCACAUAAACACAUAUAAAUACACGACAUUAAGCAUGCAAUAUGGUGUACAUGCUAACACACACACACACUCACAUACUUAUGUAUACAAAUAUAUUUAAAUAUAAAAAACAAAAAAUAAUUAAAUUAGAAAACAAAAACAACAUACGAUUUUGAAAGAUAAUGUAUACUAGCGAAAACAAUACUAAAUUAAAUUAAACUAAAUUAAAACUAGCAAUUUACUAACUUAACUAUAUUAUUAAUUAAAUACAAUAAAUACAUAUGUACAAUGUAAUAUAAGCUUUGGUAUAUAAAGAGUACAGUUUCCUAUUGCUUUAGCGCUAGUUAUUAAUAGUUGUUUAGCAAAACACAUUAAUUUUAAAUAAUUAAUAUGCAAUAAAAAAUUUAAUAAAAUAAAAAUUUAAUAAAAUAAAAAUUUUAUUAAAAAAAAAUUAAUUAAAAAAAAAUUAUUGUAUAAAAAAUUAAUCACAAAAUAUCAAUAGCAAAUAAAAAACGGAUUUUAUUCGCAUAUCUAGUCGCUAAUAAUUACAACAAAUAAUUAAAAAUGUACAUACAUAUAUUAAAUUAAAUUAAAAAAAGAUCGUGUUUACAAACAAACGCCAAUAACAAAAAAUUU